CCCGCCCACCGACGGCGGCCCCGCCCCUUCCCGGUCCGUGAGCCGGAAGUGAGGGUCGGACGGGUGGCGGGACGAUGUGGCUGUGGGCGCCGUUGUUCGGAGCCCGGCGGUCAGAUGCUGCCUGACCCGCUGAGUUCCUCCAGCUUUUUGUCUGUUGUGCCAGAUUUCAGUAUCUGCAGUCUCUCAUGUCUCCAUGCUGUAGAAUGAGGUCCAGGUGUGGAAUGGAAUCAAGGACAACGCGCAACAAAGGAAAUGCUUGUCCAGUUAGUCCGUUAGUGACCAGUGUGCCAUUUGCUGUCUCCUGUCUUGAACUGACCUGCUAAUUGCGUACACCCCGAGCAUUGCAGCAAGAUCUGGAGCAAAGGAGUUCUCUUACUUUGAGCUCCAAGUUCACCCUCGCUCAUCAGGCACUGUGAUGGUUGCUCAGACUCUUGCUCCCUGGGCUGAUGCUGCCCCCCUUUUGGUCCUGCUGCUGUGUGGAACCAUCAGCCCAGCUCAGCUCUCCUUCCCUCGAGUAUGUCCAGGAACAGACAUGAAGCUCAAGCAGACUUUCAGUUUAGAAAAUCAUUACUACACUCUGCGCAAGUUGUACGGGAACUGCCAAGAGGUACAAGGUAACCUGGAGAUCACCCACCUGAAGGGGAACCUCAGCCUUACCUUCCUGAAGGAUAUUCAGGAGGUCCAAGGCUAUGUUCUUAUUGCUCAUAAUGAGGUCAGCUACAUUCCCCUGGAAAAUCUACGCAUCAUCCGGGGAAGCCAGUUAUAUGAGGGCCGCUUUGCGCUGGCUGUACUCUCGAACUUUAACUCUACGGGCACGGGUCUGCGAGAGCUGCGGAUGAGGAGUUUGACAGAAAUCCUGACUGGGAGUAUUUGGAUUAGCAACAAUCCCUGGCUGUGUUACCAAGAGACGAUCCAAUGGGAUGACAUUCAAGAUAAGAACAACAAGUUUCCCUUUGCAGGAACAGUGGACGCGAAUCGGACAGUUCAGUGUAGAAACUGCAGUCCUGCCUGUGAGUCGUCAUCUUGCUGGGGUUCCGGCCCUGAGUAUUGCCAGACAUUGACUCGGAAGAUCUGUGCCUCUGAGUGUCUGACUCGCUGUAAGGGGCAACACCCGACUGAUUGCUGCCACAGUGAAUGUGCCGCCGGCUGCGUCGGACCCAGGGACACCGACUGCCUGGCCUGUCAUCAUUUCAGCAACGGAGGCAUGUGUCGUGGGGACUGCCCGCCUCUGAGCAUCUACAAUGCUCAGGCCUACCAGAUGGAGCCCAACCCAGAUGGGACGUACAUUUUUGGAGCCAGCUGUGUCAAAGAAUGUCCACACAAUUACUUGGCCACAAAUGUGGGUUCGUGCGCGCUGCACUGUCCAAACAACACCAAGGAAGUGAUUGAACGGGAUCGACAGAGAUGUGAGAAGUGCGGUGAGCCUUGUCCCAGAGUGUGCAACGGUUUGGGGGUAAAUAACAUGAAGAAUGUGCGUGCAGUGACCUCCAACAACAUUGAUUCCUUCAAAGGCUGCACCAAGAUCUUUGGCAGCUUAGUGUUCCUCACCGAGACUUUCUCUGGCGACCCAGCUGCAAAGAUUCAACCCCUGGAUCCAAGGAAGUUGCAAGUCUUCAGUGCUUUGACAGAGAUCACUGGGUAUUUGUACAUCGAGGCUUGGCCACAGAAUUUUACUAACCUGAAGGCUUUUGAGAAUCUUGUUACCAUCCGAGGACGACUGUUAUACAGCGGUGCUUAUGCAUUGUUAGUGCAGAAUCUCCAGAUACAAUCCCUAGGACUUCGAUCUCUAAAAGAGAUUAGUAAUGGGCUGGUGUUUAUUCACCGGAACCCUAACCUCUGCUAUGUGAAUACCAUUCCUUGGAGGCAGCUGUUUAAGAAGGAUCACCAGGAGGAGCUGAUAACAGCCAACAGGCCCCAGGAUGUCUGCGAAGCUGAGGGGAGUACCUGUUACAGCCUGUGCAUCAACAGCAGCUGCUGGGGCCCAGGCCCAAAGCAGUGCCUCUCCUGCACGUACUUCCGAGGUCAGGAAUGUGUGGAAUCCUGCAACUUGUAUGAGGGGCAAGUUCGGGAGUAUCUGAGUGAAUCGUCCUGUAUCGCAUGUCACCCUGAGUGUCUGCCGCAGAAUGAGACCCUGAGCUGCAGUGGGAAGGGUGCCGAUGCCUGUGUGGCCUGCAGGCAUUACAAGGAUGGCGCGCACUGUGUGGAGAAGUGUCCGAGUGGUUUACACGGACACAUCUGGAAAUACCCUGACGAGCAUGGCCUUUGUCAACUGUGCCCCACAAACUGCAGUCACUCCCAGGUGACCUCAGUCGUGGCUGGGAUAGUUGGGGCUCUGCUGUUCAUGGUGCUUAUCAUCCUGCUGAUCAUCUGGUGGAAACGCAAGGUGUACCUGAAACAGAAACACAAGAUGCUGAGACUCCUGGAACAGAACAAGCUUGUUGAGCCAGUGAGUCCGAGUGGAGUUGUUCCAAAUCAGGCCCAGAUACGAAUCCUAAAGGAAACGGAAAUGAAGAAAGUAAAAGUUCUGGGAUCUGGUGCUUUUGGAACUGUUUAUAAGGGAGUCUGGAUGCCAGAGGACGAAGAUGUGAAAAUACCUGUUGCUAUUAAAGUUCUAAGAGAGGGAACGUCUCCCAAAGCAAACAAAGAGAUCCUGGGAUGUAAUGUUUGUGUAUUGCAGGAGGCGUACAUUAUGGCAGGAGUGAGCAGUCCCUACGUCUGCCGCCUCCUCGGGAUCUGCCUGACCUCCACUGUGCAGCUGGUUACCCAACUGAUGCCGUUCGGAUCCCUGCUGGAUUAUGUCCGAGAAAACAAGGACCGGAUCGGAUCACAGCAUCUCCUCAACUGGUGUGUACAGAUCGCUAAGAUCUCAUUCAUACCAUUUCCCAGGGAAAUGCAUUACCUUGAAGAUCAGGUUCGAUUGGUCCACCGUGAUCUGGCAGCAAGGAAUGUCCUGGUGAAGAGCUUGAAUCUGAAGAUCACUGACUUCGGACUUGCCAGGCUCCUAGAUACAGAUGAGACAGAGUAUCAUGCAGAUGGUGGAAAGGUUCCAAUCAAGUGGAUGGCUCUGGAAUCCAUAUUACACAGAAGAUUCACACACCAAAGUGACGUCUGGAGUUAUGGUGUAACAGUCUGGGAGCUGAUGACGUUUGGAGCCAAACCUUAUGAUGGGAUCCCAGCUCGAGAGAUUCAUGACCUACUGGAGAAGGGAGAGCGCCUGCCGCAGCCUCCCAUCUGCACCAUCGAUGUCUACAUGAUCAUGGUGAAAUGAUGGAUGAUUGACUCGGAGUGCAGACCCAGGUUCCUGGAACUGGUGGCAGAGUUUUCAAAAAUGGCCCGGGACCCUCAACGAUACAUCGUUAUCCAGGGCGACGAGCACCUCGUCCCUCAGAGCCCGACCGACAGUAAGUUCUACCGCACUCUGCUGGAGGAGGAGGACAUGCACGACCUGACCGACGCUGAGGAAUAUCUGAGUGCAAAGAGUGUGGCGGAGGUGGAAGGUCGGGGGUCGGUGUCCACGGAGAGCUUGGGCCAGGCCUGUGGUCCCCUACAACAGGCGGCUGACGUCCCCAGCGACGGGGAGGGCUCGGGGUACAGGGGGGCCGUCUGCCCACCCCAGGAGGACAGCGUUGGUCAGCGGUACAGCUCAGAUCCCACUGUGCACCUGGACGAUGAGGGAGAGGGGCUGGAGGUGGACAGUUACAUCGCACUGGGCAGUGAGUCCCUCGGCACAGGUUACAUGAACCAGCUGGGGGAGGUGCCUGCCCCUGGGCACGCUGGAAGAGGGGGAUUAUUCACUCGGGGCAGCGCCGGGAAUGGUCUCCUGGUCCCAACCAGUUCAUUUCGGAACACGGUGGAGAAUCCUGAAUAUCUGUCUCACCAGAGCUUGGUGUCGGACGAUGACCCGGCUUUUGACAAUCCUGAUUACUGGGGCCAGGAUUCCCGGACGGUGAGUCAGCCUGGGAUCACUCCAGGCCUGACUGCUGCUUCAGCCCAGCCCAAUGGCUACAUCCGUGUGGCAACUGCGGAGAAUCCAGAGUACCUUGGCCUCUCGGAGACCAGCAGUGUGUAGGGGGAUCUGUGGCUCCCAGUGAAACCAGUCUCACCACAGCCCUCGCCAAGGGGACCUCACUGACUAAUGGCACAACAGACAAAACCAUCGACAGAGGCACCGCUUGUUGAACUCGGCGUGAUCCAGACUGAUGGUAGAGAGCUCCCUGGACAAUCCUGGUACCUCGGUCCGGACUGGUGGACCCCUCCCUGGAAGAUCCUGGUCCCACAGGGUCUGGACUAUUGGACCCCUCCCUGGAAGAUCCUGGUCCCACAGGGUCUGGGACUAUUGAAUCCCUCCCAGGAAGAUCCUGGACCCACAGGGUCUGGACUGGUGGACCCCUCUCUGGAAGAUCCUGGUCCCACAAGGUCCGGACUUGUAGACCCCUCCCUGGCUCUCUCACAUUACUAGUCAGAGCCCAGGUGUUGCCGAUGGGGAUGCAGCCAAUCAGGGUGUGGUGAAUACUCUCCGUGACUCUGGUGGAAGUUCGCAGUUGUUGGGUUCCUUGAAUUACUGGGAAAUGAGAGAGACGUUUGAGGAGUCCACAAAACCCAGCUCCUGUCCGUGGGGCUUGUGGUUCCGUUCCAUCACCCCACUCGUACCUCUCCCCCCCCCCCUGCACCUCCUACACCCCGCCGUACCUCACCCCCAGCUCCUACACCCCAUGCCCUCUCCCCCACCCCACUGUACCUCUCCCCCCAUCCCAUACAUAAAGUAGUCAUCCCCUCUGAGUUUCACCUCUGGUGACUGACAGUUUGUCAGCCAAUCAGUUUCUGGUUGGGUGAGUCCUGAACGAUGCUGGAAUUAGUGAACUUUUAACAACUUUUAUGUUUUGUAUAUUUUUGAUUUGGGAGAUAGUUUUGUAUGUUUGAGGAAAGUAUUUUUUCUAGAAGUCUCCGUUGCUGUGAAUGUGUGAGCUGAGGGCUCCUGGCUGGGGGAUGGUGUGAUUCAGGUGUUGAUGCAGCACCUGGUGUUCCCGAGCUCCGGGAUCAGACCAUCUCCUGCCUGGGACGUCAGUAAAGCUGCUUCAGUCUAAUGAAGCGUGGGGCACGCGAUUGUGCUGCUAAUUAGAUGGCGUUCUGUGUGGCCCUGUGAUCAGCCCCGCAGUGCAGUGACUUGAUCGUGAUUUGAUGAUUGGACACAGUGGUGUGGGCAGAGCCUGGGUUUACUGAGUGCGCAGAGAUACUGCAGCCCAUGCUAAACCUGGGAGUGUGCAGCAGGACCUUUGAUCCACAUUCCCCACAGCCAGCAGUCAGGAAUUGUGUGACUAACAGGCACUCCCGUUCUCUUCUCCCAGCCACUGUGUCCCAGAGUUAUUCUUGGAAUCUGGUGUGGAUAAUAAAUCUCAUGUGAUUUUUAAA